UAGUCUUUUCGUAUAUCUUCCUCUUCGAUCAUCGUCUCGGUAGAAAAGCUGACGCAAAAGGAGAAGCAUCGACAAUGGAGUCUGUUCUCAAGAAAUAUUUUGGGUAUUCUGAGUUCCGGGAGUAUCAGAAGGAGGUCAUUGAGGAAAUUCUGCAGAAAAGGGACUGCUUGGCGGUGAUGGCCACCGGUAGCGGAAAGUCCUUAUGCUAUCAGGUACCGCCGUUGGUCGUUAAAAAAACUGGUAUUGUGAUCAGUCCUCUCAUAUCGUUGAUGCAAGAUCAGGUAAUGGCUUUGAAACAACGGGGUAUCAGAGCUGAGUAUCUCGGAAGUGCACAGACGAAUUCCACAGUCCAGUCCAGAGCUGAGAGUGGUCAAUUUGAUGUUUUGUUCAUGACCCCUGAGAAGGCAUGCUUGAUUCCAACCAGUUUCUGGUCAAAAUUGCUGAAGGUGGGAAUUUCUUUGUUUGCUGUUGAUGAAGCACACUGCAUAUCAGAGUGGGGCCAUGAUUUCAGGGUGGAAUACAAGCAGUUAGGCAAGUUACGUGAUGUUCUCUUUAAUGUUCCAUUUGUUGGACUGACUGCAACUGCUACUGAAAAGGUUCGGAUUGACAUCAUUAGUUCCCUGAAGCUUAAAGAUCCCCAUGUUGCCAUUGGCUCAUUUGAUCGAAGAAAUCUUUUCUACGGUGUCAAGUCUUUUAAUCGCGGCCAAUUAUUUAUCAAUGAGCUUGUGGGAGAAAUUUCUAAGUUUGUAGCUCUCUCUGGUUCAACUAUCGUUUACUGCACAACAAUUAAAGAUGUUGAACAGAUAUUCACAUCACUUAAGGAGGAAGGAAUUAAGGUUGGAAUUUAUCAUGGUCAAAUGGAUAAGAAAGCGCGUGAGGAAUCCCACAGAUUAUUUAUACAAGAUGAACUGAAUGUCAUGGUUGCAACUAUUGCUUUUGGCAUGGGUAUUGAUAAGCCAAACAUAAGACAAGUGAUGCACUAUGGUUGCCCCAAGAGUCUAGAAUCCUAUUACCAGGAAAGCGGGCGAUGUGGUAGAGAUGGUAUAGCUUCUGUCUGCUGGCUUUAUUAUACAAGAAGUGACUUUGCAAAGGCUGAUUUCUACUGUGCAGAAUCCAAAACAGAAAAUCAAAGAAGAGCUGUUAUGGAGUCAUUGAUGGCUGCACAACAGUAUUGCUUGGUUACAACUUGCAGAAGGAAGUUUCUGCUCAAUCACUUUGGAGAAAAUUCUUCAACUGAUAGAUGUGGAAAUUGUGAUAACUGCAUUGUCUUAAAGAAGGAACGCGAUAUGUCUAGAGAAGCAUUUCUUAUAAUGGCUUGCAUUCAAUCCUGUAGGGGUAAAUGGGGCCUGAAUAUGCCCAUAGAUGUUCUUCGUGGUUCUCGAUCAAAAAAAAUUCUUGAUGCUCAGUUCGACAAGCUUCCACUUCAUGGACUUGGGAAAGGUUACUCAUCGAAUUGGUGGAAAGCACUAGCUUGCCAAUUAAUUUCUCAUGGUUACUUGAUGCAGACUGUACAUGACUUAUAUGUAACUGUAAGUGUCAGCUCAAAAGGAGAGAAAUUUCUUAGUUCUGCGAGACCUGAUUAUCAACCACCCCUAGUUUUGCCCUUGAGCAGUGAAAUGGUUGAUGAUGACAAACAUAAAAGCAAGUCCGGUGAAGCUGAAGAGUUCAAAAGUUUGGCUACUUUUGAUUGUGAGGGAUUUUCAGAGGUUGAGGCACAACUCUAUCAAUUGCUUUUAGAAGAGAGACUAAAGCUCGCAAGGGGCAUUGGAACUGCACCAUAUGCUAUAUGUGGUGAUCAAACAAUUAAAAAUAUUGCACUGACAAGGCCAUCUACCAAAGCAAGGCUUGCGAACAUUGAUGGUGUCAACCAGCACCUGCUAGUGACACAUGGAGAUCAUUUUCUUCAGAUUAUUAGAAAUCUAUCACAAGGACUAAACCUUUCAUUGGAUGGGGAAGCAAGCUUACGGACUGCUAUGACAAGAAAAGUGUAUUCGUUACCCAAUCAACAAAUGAACAACUUAACUCCAGCAAAGUUUGAAGCUUGGAAAAUGUGGCAUGAAGAUGGUCUCUCCAUUCAGAAAAUUGCUAACUUCCCUGGUAGAUCGGCUCCCAUCAAAGAACAAACUGUUUCACAAUACCUCCUAGAUGCUGCCCAAGAAGAUCUUCCAAUUGAUUGGACCAGAUACUGUGAUGAAGUUGGACUGACACGCGAAAUAUUCUCAGCCAUUCUGGGUGCCAUUACUAAGGUUGGUUCUACAGAGAGGUUGAAGCCCAUAAAAGAUGAACUACCUGAAGACGUAAGUUAUGCACAGAUCAGGACUAGUCUGGUAAUGCAAAACCGUGGGAUCUCUUCAGAAGUGAUAACGGCCAGUUGCCAGAAUACAUGGAAUGCUGAUCAACUUCCGAAUACGGUGCCAGAAUGCUCGCUGAUUCCCACCAGUAUAUGCAGCAUGGAAGGACCCUGUGAAGCUGAAGCGUCACUCAAGAAUUCAGUUGCUCAUUGCUGCUUUGAAAAAAAUGAAGAAACAGCUCCUGUUGCCAUCACCGGUGGCCGAGGAUUAAAGCUAUCCCUAGUGCAUGAUGAGGAUCCACUCUUAAAAAAACGCCAAAAGGUCAGCACAGUUGAGGAAGGGAGUUCCAUCUCAUUGAAGGCAACGGAGAGUUCCAUAAUAGAGUGGCUUAAGAACUAUGAUGGAGUUACACUGUCUGAUAUACUGGAGCACUUCGACAGAUCCGAAGAAGAAUCUGUGGUGGAUCUGCUGAGUUGCCUUGAAGGUAACUUUUUUAUAUAUAAAAAGAAUGACGUUUACAGGGUUAUGUAACCAAACAACGGAUCAGAUUACUGAGGCAAACCUUGUACAUUAAACAUUGUUGAUAAUUCUGUGGUUUGAAUGCAAAGAAAGCUUGGGAGAGA